AUGAAUAAAGAUAAGAGGGAACCAGAAUAUCCCGUAGAAUUGGAGUCACAAUUCAUCUUACGACUUCCAGAAGAAACAGCGAAAGUGUUACGCGAAGUCCUAAAAUCGGGAGAAAAUCUCAAAAAUCGCCUUACAAUUCAAAUGGACAACGAUGUAAGAACCGGUGAAGUAAGAUUUGACCACUGGCUCAUGCACGCCAAGAUCCUAGACUUACCCACGAUAAUAGAGUCGCUUAAAACCAUUGAUAACAAAAGUUUCUAUAAAACAGCGGAUAUUUGCCAAAUAAUGAUUUGCAAAGAAGAAGCGGAACCAUUUGAAGAAGAAUCACCUUGCAAAAUAAAGAAAAAAGAUCCAUACAAAGUGGAUAAAAAGUUUCUUUAUCCCCAUGGUGUAACACCGCCCACAAAAAAUGUGAGGAAACGCCGCUUCAGAAAAACUUUAAAAAAGAAAUAUGUAGAAGCUCCUGAAAUAGAGAAGGAAGUUAAACGCCUUUUAAGGGCUGAUAAUGAAGCGGUAAGUGUGACAUGGGAAGUGAUUAAAGAAGAUGAAGAUCAUCCCAAGUCCGAGACUACACCCAAACCGAAGGAACGUAAAAAAGCAGCACCUAAGAAGGAAGCUAAGCCAGUAAUCACGAAACAGGCUACAUCUAAUGUUGUUGAUAUAUUUGGUGGUGCUGUCAGUGACAGUGAUCAAGAAGAUGAAUCAAUGGCCAUGGAAAUGGUUACAAUGUCACCGUACAGUCGCUUAUCAUCAGAGAACACAGUGCUCAGCAUGGACCAGAAAUCAUUUAUGUCAGAAUUUGAACCACAAACAUUUAAGCAUAAUGAACCUCCCCAAACUGAAUAUUUUGAUGAGGACUCUCGUGAUAAAGAUAAUAUGACCCUACGUAUCGAACAGCUCAAAGCUGAACUUGAUGAGCUUAAACAGAGACGACAAAGAACUCAGAAUGAGAUAGCGGGAAUGGAAAAUCAGGCUUUACGGCAGAGAUUUCAAGAAAACUUACACACCCUUAAUCAAGACAUCAUGUACAAGGAGAUGGAGUACCAGGGCCUUAUAACUCUGCAGACAUCUGAGGAUAUUUAG